AAAGGAAAAAAAAUAUACACACAACAGCAUCAACGCAUUAAAACUUGUUUUUAAUCCUCUUCUGAGCGGCCCUCGGCUCCGCUUGCCGACCCUGGGUCGGAAUAUCCUUUAGCACCCGGCCAAGGACGAAAAGCAGAAAUACUGUGCUAUGCAGUUUCAUUUCUCGUUGUGCCGUCGCGUUGUUCAGACGUUUCAAUUCAUCGUACAGAGUUCAGAACGAUCUGCAAGGGUGUUCUAUCUUAAAAAUCUUCAGCUUUGACAAAAGUAUGCCACAUAAAUGCAACACAAAAAUAUGUGAACCGAAACGAGUGAAAUCUUUCAAGUGAAAAGUGUAAUUGCUUGCAUUGUCAACCGGAAAAAAGCUAAGACUUUCCCCUCUAGAGCUUUCCGGAUGCAUGAAAAACCACCAACAAAUUGGCAACGAUAAUAACAGAAUCUUCAAAGGAAUCGCAAUCGAAGGAAAGAUCUUUUCGAGAGGUGAAACCAAAAGUGACGAAAAAAGUGUAGAUAUCCUUCCUGCCCUUCCUGGUUAGUGACAGCCACCUAGGCGGAUAGAUACAAAUUUUCACCUUUGGCUAUCCGGGUCGGUCUUGGAAUUCUUGUCAGCCAGCAGGCAAUCACAGGAUCACCGAAGCACAAUGAUGGACUGGGAUAUUGACAUUUUCAACCUAGACAUCGACGAGCACGCGCUGAGCUGCAGCAUCCAAUCCAUACUGACCGAUGAUUCCAUAUUCAGCAGUCUGCUACAAACUGGCAACGUAUUCGAUAACGACCAAAUCUCGCCCUUAUCGUCCUCCUCUCCGUCAUCGACGACGAUGACGACGCUGACGACGACAACGUUCUCAUCAUCACCUACGCUAGCGUCGCCGGAGUUUGACCUAAACACAUUACCACCGUUGAUAUUUCCGUUGGAACCGGCGGCUCUGAAGUCGCAUAAAAGCACUCCAUCCGAUGACGACAAGUCGAGUGGGCACGACUCGGGAAAUUCCAACGGAUCAUCACUGGAGUCGGAGGAAUCGCUGUCUGAGGCAACGCCCUCGGAGGGGUCAACCAAUGGCAGUGACGCGGAAAACGAUGCUCCCGAGUCGAGGCCGUUUGAGUGUGCUGAGUGUGGUAAGAGUUAUACCCGCAAGCUGUAUUUGAUGCGACACUAUGUACAGCACACCCGGGAGCGACCGUAUCAGUGUGAAGUGUGCGAUAAGAGCUUCGCCUAUGCUAGUUCGCUAUCGUCGCACCGGAAACUGCAUUUGGCAACCUGUGAGCACAGGUGUGACAUUUGUAACAAAACAUUUACCACAGCCGAUAUGCUGACGGCUCACAAGACGGCCAUCCAUUUCGGUGAACGACCCUACAAGUGCAAACUGUGUAAUAAAACAUUCGUCCUGCUACAUGCCUACAAAAGUCACAAAAAAUGGCACCAGCAGUUUAAGCCCUAUAAAUGUGCAGUCUGUGAGAAAGAAUUCAUGAAAAAAAUCAGUUUAAAGAGUCACUUAAGAGUUCACACCGGAGAGAAACCAUUUUCGUGUGACAUCUGUCAGAAGAGCUUCACAUUAUCAUCUACAUUAUCUUCACACAAGAAGCUGCACGGAGAAAAGCCAGCAAUGCAGUGCGAAACUUGCGGAAGGAGAUUUACGCAGGCUAGUGCUUUGUCUACACAUAAGCACCUGCACACGGAAACUCGUCCCCAUAGUUGCGAGUUGUGCGGAAAACGUUUCAUACGGCUUCACGCGCUGAAAAUUCACAUCCGAACGCAUUCCGACGAACGACCCCAUCAGUGUGAUCUGUGCCCGAAGAGUUUCCUGGAGAAGCACGUUCUAAUCAGACAUCUAAAGACUCACACGGAUGAGCGCCCGUACAUCUGUGACACUUGUGGCAAAGCAUUCAAGGAGAAGUACGACCUGUUGCGGCACGUUCUCAUUCACACCGGCCAGAGGCCGCACAAGUGCGACGUGUGCUCGAAAACCUUUGUACAAUCGAAUGCACUGACCAAACACCGACGGCGGCACGAACGGGAUGAUGCUGCCGAAACGGGGGAGAUAGUUGUGCCACAGCAGACGAAGACCAAGAAGAGUGUAAGUCUACUAAAGAGGUGCAAAGUGGUAGGUUCCGCUGGUGGUGGAAUGGAUGUCGGCCCAGUUCCGUCAGGCAGGAUGUGACGCAAGUGUUAUGUGGUGAGUUUUGAUUUCAGUGAAAAUAGUUGUACGGUUUGAGAAAAUAAAUAAUAGCUUUGUUGGUAAGAGAAA